UUGAAUCAGCACUGGCGGCACUUGUUUUUUGCUGCUAGGUUUGUUUCCAAAGAUUGAUGGAAUAUUGUCGCGAAUUUGAGGCCCAAAAUACAAUGCAGGAUUUAUAAUUCAGCGCGAUAUUAUCAGAACACUGUGGACAAUCAAUUUUACAGAUAUAUUCUAAGUUUUAAUCAGUAAACAUGCGAGGAUUCGUUUGUAAAAUGAAGUAACCUCAAAUUGUUUCACAACAUUACAGUUACACGAAGUUUCAUUCUUUUUACAAUUAAUUCUCAUCAGUUCUGAACAUGACGUCGAUAAUUAAAUUACAAGCACUCUCCGGUGCUAUGGAUGAGUCGCCCCCUUGUUAUCUACUACAAAUCGAUGAAGUACGGAUAUUAUUGGAUUGUGGAUGGGGAAAAUUUGAUCAAGAAAUAAUUAAAGAACUCAAAAGACAUGCUCACACCAUAGAUGCAGUUCUUAUUUCAUAUCCUGAUCCUUAUCAUCUGGGUGCAUUGCCAUACCUAGUUGGCAAAUUAGGUUUAAACUGUCCUAUCUAUGCCACAAUUCCUGUCUACAAAAUGGGGCAGAUGUUUAUGUAUGACUGGUAUCAAUCACAUUCCAAUGUUGAGGAUUUUGAUGUGUUUUCAUUGGAUGAUGUUGAUAUGGCAUUUGAAAAAGUCAUCCAACUUAAAUACAAUCAAACAGUAUCAAUGAAAGGUAAAGGCUAUGGUAUUUCUGUGACACCAUUGCCUGCUGGACACAUGAUUGGAGGCACAAUUUGGAAAAUUAUGAAAGUUGGAGAAGAGGAUAUUAUUUAUGCAAAUGAUUUUAAUCACAAGAAGGAGAGACAUUUGAAUGGAUGUGAAUUGGAAAAACUGCAAAGGCCUUCAUUGUUGAUAACAGAUGCAUUUAAUGCAACAUAUCAGCAAGCUAGGAGAAGAGCUAGAGAUGAAAAGUUAAUGACUAAUAUUCUGCAAACACUACGAAACAACGGCAAUGUAUUAAUAUCAGUUGAUACAGCCGGUAGAGUUUUGGAGUUAGCUCACAUGUUGGACCAACUCUGGCGAAACAAAGAAUCAGGUUUAUUCGCGUACUCAUUAGCAUUACUGAGUAAUGUUAGUUACAAUGUGGUGGAGUUUGCAAAGUCGCAGAUUGAAUGGAUGAGCGAUAAAUUGAUGAAAAACUUUGAAGGCGCACGAAACAAUCCGUUCCAGUUUAAACAUUUGCAGCUGUGUCACAGUUUACAGGAGUUGGCGAAAGUACCGAAUCCUAAAGUAGUUUUGGCUAGUUUUCCGGAUAUGGACUGCGGUUUUUCACGUGAAUUAUUCCUGCAGUGGUGCUCGAAUGCUAAUAAUAGUAUUAUUAUUACAACACGGACAUCACCAGGGACACUAUCAAGAGAUUUAGUUGAGAAUGGUGGGAAUAGAACAAUUGAUUUAGAGGUUAAAAAGAGGGUAAAACUAGAAGGCGUGGAGUUGGAAGCGUUUGAAAAGGAGCGCAAGGAGAAGGAUGAAUUAAUAGCUGUGCAAAAGACUGAAGAUUCCGAUUCUGAUAGUGAUAUCGAAAUGUCAGUGAUCUCUAAAGGCCGCCAUGAUAUUGUCAUCAAACAAGAAGGCAAGAUCCAAGGAGGAUUUUUCAAAGCAACCAAAAAACAAUACCCGAUGUUUCCUUUUCAAGAAGAUAAAAUUAAGACAGAUGAUUACGGCGAGAUAAUAAAACCGGAAGACUAUAAACUGGCUGACACCAUCACAGAAACCGAAGAUAAUAAAGAAAAUGUAAUAAUUAAGAAAGAGGAACCCGACCCACUUCCAGAACUCCCUGAAAUUCCAACAAAGUGCAUUGUUUUGAACCGAACUGUUCAGGUGAACUGCCAAGUGCAGUACAUCGACUUCGAAGGUCGCUCUGACGGAGAAUCUCUGCUUAAGAUUUUAUCUCAGUUACGACCACGACGAUUAGUUAUCGUACGCGGGGAUGAGGAAAGCACAAGCGCGAUAGCGAAUUAUUGCAAGGAGCAUGUGGAUAGUAAAAUAUUUAUACCGAAUCGCGGCGAGAUUAUUGACGUGACCAGCGAAACGCACAUAUAUCAAGUGCGAUUGACCGAUGCCUUGAUUUCACAGCUCUCUUUCCAGAAAGGGAAGGAUUCAGAGUUGGCUUGGGUGGAUGCGCAGAUUGUCUUGCGCGAAAGCCAACCGGAUGCUAAACCUAUCAUAACAGAUGCAGAAAAUGACGUUGUGGUGGAACCAAUGGAAGUAGAUAAUUCUACAUCGAAGAUAUUCACUCUGGAACCUUCUAAUCAAUGUGUACCACAUGAUACAGUUUAUGUGAAUGAGUUGAAACUCUCUGAGUUUAAACAGAUUCUUUCUAGAUCCAAUAUUUCUUCAGAGUUUUCAGCUGGUGUUUUGUGGUGUUGUAAUGGUACAAUCGCCAUUCGAAAGAUUGACAGUGGAAGAAUCAUCGUUGAGGGUUGCAUAUCUGAGGAUUAUUACAGAGUACGAGACCUUCUGUAUGAACAAUACGCGAUUCUAUAAUUUAAAAUUUAACAUGAGUUUUUAAUAAAUACAGAAAUUUUUGAUGAUGAUGUAUAUUAGAGCUUAGUAUAUAAUGUUCAUAAUAAAUAUGUAAAGAAUU